GACCUUGACAGCUCUCUCACUCCACAAUCUUUUGCUGCUCUAUUCUUCCUCCAUUCUCAUUGACUCCUUCUCAUAUCUCUAUAUCUCUCAUAUGAUCCCAAUUUCCUCAAAACUAUCAUAACUCCCAUCCCCAGCCACAAUGUCCUCCAUCCGCCGCAUGUCCCCGACGGACCUCCUCUCCCUCAACCUCACCAAUCUCGACCCAUUGACCGAAAACUAUGACCUGGGCUUCUAUCUGAAUUACCUCAUGCGCUGGCCCUCCCUGUUCAGCAGCGUCCAAGAUCGUCAAGAAGGAAUUGUCGGCUACAUUAUGGGCAAACUCGAAGAACAGCCCGCCCACAUGCGCCACUCGGAACACUACACACCCUGGCACGGCCACAUCACCGUUUUGACCGUGGCGCCCGCAUGGCGCCGGCUGGGCCACGCGCGGCGCCUAACCGAGCGCCUCGAGCGGGGCUCCGAUAUCAAUGACGCCUGGUUCGUGGAUCUGUAUGUGCGCGCCGGGAAUAAGGUCGCGGUGGAUAUGUAUAAGGGCAUGGGGUAUUCGGUCUUCCGGCGAGUCGUGGGAUAUUAUAGUGAUGAUCCGUCGGGGAUGUCAGAGACGGGCGAGGAUGCCUUCGAUAUGCGCAAGCCGUGCAGUCGCGAUAAGAAUUUGCAGCAUGUUCGGGAGAAAGGGGAGGAAUUCUUGGUGGAUCCGGUGGAUGUUUCGUGAUCGUGCGAGGAGAGGAAGUGGGAUGGGGGGACACUCGGGGAUUAGAGUCGUUGUACGGACAGCGAUGUGUAAGUAUACAAAGGUCGAUGAGGGAAUUUUAGCAGCGACAGACGCUAUCGCUUGUAUCUUCGAGAAGCUAGGUGUUGAGGCGUUGAUGACUUCGACUCAAGUUAGGUGGUG